AUGGAGAUAUUUCGUGAUCGUGUACCUAACUCGUGUAACAAACUGGAUCUACUUAUCACACUUAGUACCUUGCUCCGAGGCUCGGUGUACGAGCGCCUGAGGUGGACGUUCAAGCUGUACGACGUGAACGGCGACGGCUGCAUAAGCCGCGGCGAGCUGUCCGAAAUCGUGGUGGCGGUGCACGAGCUGAUGGGUCGCAGAGCGCACCAAGUCGAAGACGAUCGAAAGGCGCGCGAACAAAUCGAUCGCGUAUUCCGAAAACUGGACUUGAACCAGGACGGCGUCAUUACCAUCGAGGAGUUUAUGGAGUCCUGUCUCAAGGACGACGUCAUCACGAGGUCCCUUCAGAUGUUUGACACGGUGCUGUGA